GUUCCGCUUUUAGGCUUGGCUAAAUCUAGAUGUUAUAUUUCUAGUACCCAGGGUCCUCUCUCUAACUUUGAUCUUCAUCGUUUAUGGAAACUGGGCACCAGGUUCUUAGUGUUGUCGCCUGGAACUCAUUGACUUCUCGUUUGUCAUUUGCAAAUGCUCUCAGCGCAAAGAAUGAAUAUUCUAUCGUCAAGGAGUUUCUUUCAACCUGCAAUUAUGCAUGUGUUUUCUGCCUUUCCAAAGUGCGUCUCUCUCAGAUGGUACUCAACGAUAACCAGACAAGAAUUUGGCAGACAUUUUGAGAAGCUUGUUGUUCAAAGUUUGCGAAAGUAUUCGUUUGAUGUAGCUGUUUGUGGUGGGCCAAAAGACAGGGGUAUUGAUUUUAGAGGUGUUUGGCUACUGAAAGCAUCAUCCGUGCCUGUGAUAGGCCAGUGUAGACGGUACAAAAAACGCUUAGGCCCAAAGCAUGUUCGUGAGUUGGUCGGAACGUUAACUCAUGAAGCGAAGGGCACACUGGGUAUCAUUGUUACAGAAUGCGGAUACAGCAAAGAUGCUUAUGGGUUGUUCAUGGGAUCUCUGUACCCUAUUGUUCUAAGUAAACUACAAGGCUACAGCGACGACUUACUCCAGUGGUAUUUUGAUCAAGGAAACAAUGAAAUGUGUGCUAAUGAACAUCAAGACAUAAUAGAAAGUGAGUCAGCUCAGAUUAUAGAUGAGGGGUAUUCAUCAAAGAACACUCAAGUUAUGGAUCGUCAUAAUAACUAUAGUAAUUACUUGGAGGGAAUGAGUAACAAGGGAGUAAUUAAUACCCAGGGAUUCAGUUAUCUUCAUCAGUCAUCUGCAACAGUUCAGGGAGACGUGAAGGCUAGUUUUAGCCAUGAGAACAUCAGACCUUAUACAGAGACUACAAAGUCAAACACUUCUGCGACCUCGGAUCAGUGCAUGCAAAAUCGCUUGAGAACUAAACUGGUGCAUAAUGGGCCACUAUCAAAUGUCUUCGCAGAUGUUAAUGACAAUUUUGAACAGUUGACAAGCUCGGACAUUUCUGACAUAGUAUCUGGAAUGUUAACCAUGUUUGAGCUGAAUCCAGCUGCACAAAAACUGUUGCCUAAUUUGGUUGUUGGCAUGAAAUACAGAAGGCGAAAUUCAAAAGUUCCUGAACUUUUUAUAAAUGAGGAUGAUUCGUUUGUCAGCUUGCCCAAGUAAAUAUAUUAUUUUGUAAAUUACAUUAUGUACAUUAAACCAAUUGUUACAAGUUUAUUUUGAUAUGUGAUGAUAGGCUAUAAGCGUCUGGUAUUGGUAAUAGACUAUUAGUCUUCAGACAGUUUGGUUGACUCAAUACUAAUUUUAGUAUGUCAGUUACCUGUUGACGUGUAUAAUUAGUGUAUCAAAACAGAAGUACUUAUAGAGGUCUGUUGUUGUUAGCUUCUGUUUAACAGUUGAAAAGAAGAGAAGGAAGUUUGCAUUCUGAGUUGAAGUACCAUAAAAUAUAUGAUUAUUACCAUUAACUGCUUUAAAAGCUUUACAUAUACCAAAAAAGGCAGUAGUAGUUUUAUCGGGUGUAGGGUAAAGGGCUUUGUGAAUCUUUUGAUGGCAAUCAAAAGAGUAAAUCAUUUGCUAACAGUCCAAAGAUGAAUCCAAAAAUAUCCUGGUUCAGACAUUUGUACAUAGCUACACUGUAUUCAACAUAUAAAAAGGCCUUGACUGUGCACUGUUCUGUUGUAAAGCAAGCAGGAAGCAGUAGAGCAUGAAAGAAGUGUAGGGAGAAACAUGAGACAUACAUAGUCAAGUGUUUCUCCCUACUUCUUGAGUGCUCUACCGCUUCCUAAGUGCUUUAAUUACGACAGAACAGAGCACAGUUGAGGUUUCUUUAUUUCUUUUAUGAUAAAAAGAAUCCAUUAAUUUCCCCACACAUCCAGCAUACAUUUUCAACUGUUCUUGGAUAAAGCACACUGUUUCAUACAAUCAGAAUGCAGGUUAUAGGGAAACUUUAUUAUUGAUGACAAAGUAUAUAAAAACACGGAAGGAAGUGAUAUCAGUGCAGAGGAAUUGUACUUCAAAUUAAAGCUAUUUUUAAUGGAAUGUAA